CCUGUCCCAACUUGGGUACUUUCUGUUUUGGUUUGAUUGGGAGAUUGAUCUGUCAACGACUUGCUCUGUUUUUCAGUAAUUAAAAAGAAGGGUAGAACGAACCAAAGCACAAACUAUACAACUCCAUUCCUUUAUACAUCUUGAAUUAAGAACACACUCUUUGGACAUGAUGCAAACGAAUAAAGAUUGCUGGAACUUAGAAUGUUCAUUCAUUUUGCAACUGCACCAAUUUUGCGUCCGUACUUCUAUUUUAGUUUUCAUUUGAGAUUGAGAUUGAUCUGUCAACUACUUGCUCUGUUUUUCAAUCAUUAAAAAGAAGGGUAGAACGAACCAAAACACAAACUAUACAACUCCGGUUCCUCUAAGAUAAAUAUUGAAUUAAGAUCACACUCCUUGGACUUGAUGCAAACACGUAAAGAUUGCUGGAACUUUGAAUAUAGUGCUCAUUCAAUUUGCAUCUGCACCAACUUUGCCUAUAUCAUUCCACUCAAAUCUGCGCAUUUCUUACCUCAUACCACAAGUGAAAUCCACACAUUGUCCAAACUCCCAAAAAUACCAUCCAAAAUCUGUGCAGUUAAAGAGAUGAUUUCCAAGAUGGGUUGCCAAUUGAAGGUUGCUCUGCUUUUCUGGUCCCUAAUUGCUGCUAUAAUCACCACUCAGAGAGCCGCAUCAGCCUCGAUACGCAUCGAUUUUUACGAUCAAACGUGCCCAAGAGCCGAGAAGAUCAUCUUCACCGAGAUGCAGAAAAUCCUCCAGAGACCCGAAUUCAAGAACGCCCCUGCCCAGCUGCUCCGGCUCUUCUUCCAUGAUUGCUUUAUCGGGGGGUGCGAUGCUUCCGUCCUUCUCAACACCGGAAACCUUCAGGACGAAAAACAAGCAGGACCAAACCUGUCACUGAAAGGGUUUGAAAUCAUCAACAUGAUCAAGGAGGCCUUGGAGAGAGAAUGCCCUGUCAUAGUGUCCUGUUCGGAUAUACUGGUAAUCGCCACCAGAGAUGCCAUGAUUCUGUCAGGUGGGCCUUUCUACCCUGUUUAUACUGGUAGAAGGGACAGCAAAGUUUCUUUCUUGCAGAAAGCUUCCCUUGAGAUUCCAAGUCCUAUGGAUCACAUCGACAAAAUUCUCAUGUUAUUCGCUCAGCGAGGCUUCACCGCAAGGGAAACCGUGGCACUUCUGGGAGGACACAGCAUUGGCUUCAUCAGCUGUGCUUUUAUUCAACCUAGAAUUAACAACGAUACCAACCCCGAUCCGUACAUUGGUGAUGAUUUCAAGGAGGAAAUAAGACAAAGAUGUGAGAAGAGAAACAGCAACUUCAGCAUGAUGGACCCUCAACAACUGUCCUCUGCUUCAUCAUCUUCUCCGUUUACAUCUCAUUUCGGAACCCACUACUACGAGUCGCUGACCAGAAGAAGGGGUCUCCUGUUUUCCGACAUGGAGUUGAUGGCGAACGAACAAACAGCUGCCGUCGUCGAAGAAUAUGUGUCGGACGACGGAUCCACAUUCCAAAGAGACUUCAUCACGGCCUUGGUUAAGAUGUCUAAUCUAGUCACUUUGACUGGUUCGCAAGGUGAAGUCCGGCUCAACUGUUCGGUUCCGCUUAACACAUGAUGUUAUUAGGAUUAUACAUUCUCUUAUAGUACUACUGUAGUGCAUGUUGUAAUUACUUGUGAGAUUACUAUUGGCGCCUCUGGAAAAAAGCCCCAUUAUUUGCCCAAGAAAUAGUUAUGAACUUGUUAUCCCUAUCAGCAUAUUCUUCUACAAGAGUUGUUGCUUCUCACGGUAAUCAAAGUGCCGAGUAAUCAUGUUUCUCACGGUGAAGUUUGGAUCAGUUGGUCUGUUGAGGUCAAUUGUACAAAUUCUUUUUUUUUUUUUUUUUUU